AUGGAAUACUUGCAAAGGGAACUAAACACCCUUGCUGAGCAACCUAAAUUCAAAUUUCAUCCUAGAUACAAGAGACUGGGUAUUAUGCACAUAUGUUUUGCUGAUGAUCUCCUCAUGCUUUGCAAAGCUAAGAAGCAAUCUAUAAAGCUCUUACAGGUUACUUUUCAAAAAUUCUCAGCAGCCUCUAGGCUGCAAGCAAACAUUGACAAAAGCUCAAUAUACAUGACUGGGGUGAAAGAUGAUUUGAAGCUUGACAUACUGCAGACUUUAGGUUUUUGUGAGGGCACACUCCCUUUUAAAUACCUUGGCGUCCGUCUCUCAUCCAAGAAACUAACCAUUGCUCAAUGCAUGCACCAGGUUGAGAAAGUUACUGAAAGAAUACAGUGUUGGUCUGCCAAAUUACUAUCCUACGCAGGCAGACUACAAUUGAUAAAAUCAGUGGUUUUUGGCUUGCAGACUUACUGGGCCCAAAUUUUCAUAUUGCCAAAAAGAAUAAUGAAAAUGAGCAAUAGUCUAUGCAGGACCUUCCUCUUGACAGGAACAACAGAAACCUCUAAAAGAGCCCUAGUUUCAUGGGAUAAGGUGUGCCUCCCAACAUCAGCAGGGGGACUAAAUGUACUAAACCUGGGCUUAUGGAACAAAGCUGCCAUCUUGAAACAACUUUGGGCCUUAGCUGAAAAUAAGGAAUGCUUAUGGAUUAGGAUACUAGUCUGGUUAGGGGUACAUAGAGCAAUUGGAAGUUGGCAAGAGGAAGUUCAGUGGACUACUACAAUGGCAAAGAGGAAGUCUGGCAGGGGAGCAAUUAUCAGUGUUGUUUUUGCUAUGGUGAUUGCUCUGGUCUGGAGAUAUAGGAAUUUGAUCAGGUUCCAGAGCCAUAACUACAAUGAAGAUAGAUUAUGCAAAGCGAUUGCUGUCCAUCUGCAUAUUAGAGGUAGAACACGGAGGAAAUGGCAACCAUUAUUGUCCCAGCUGAAUCAUAUGCCAUAA